UUGGCAAAAUAUAAAUGUAAAGUUUAAAACAAUCAGUCUUUAUUAAUUAAUUUUGCGUAAAAACGACUGACCACGUAGACACUAUGCAGUCAAUGUUUUUUGUUUUGUAUACACACACAAUUCAUAUACAGCAAUUAUAAUUUCUUUUUAUUUCUUUUCUAUGUCCUAAUGCCGACAAAUGUUGAUCGAAGAGCGCCAUGGUUACUCCACAAGUGUAACACUGUGAUCACUUGACCAAGUGACUACUCACUAUUUGGCACAAAAAUUCCUCGCAGUAUUGAAUUUAAAUUCAGUGCGAAUAAAUCGACAAUGAAGAAUUUAUAUUCUUUUCAAGAAAAUAAACUUUAAAGCUAAACAAAAAAUAAAGAUUUCGCAAUUUUGCUCAAGUUUUACUUAAAAAUAAAGUGCAUUUGUGAAGUGAUUAAUGUAAUAUUUAGACUGUUCUUUCAAACUUCAUUAAUUAUGUUCAACCUGUCGAAAUUACAAAGACGAUUCUAUGGCAAAAUGCGGAAAAAAUGGCGAUUGUUUCAUGCCACGAAUUUCGAAUCAUUGAUGUAUCCGUCUUUCACUUUUUGUCGAAUCCUUGGAAUAUUUCCCUAUACGAUUAACGCUUCAGGCUUUGCGAUUUCCAAAUCACGUUAUAUUUUUUCGACCAUUGUCACUGGUGUUUAUUUCAUUUUCUUAUUAUGGAUUCUCUAUAUAAUCAACAUUUGUGGCAUAAAUUGUUGGAAGUUUAAAGGCGUACCGAGGAUUCUUGAGCGUAAUUGCUUCUACAUAUUCAGUGGUAUCAUAGCAGUUGUCACGUACAUUUUGAACGGUCCACGAAUGCGUUUGCUCCAAACCAUAAUGGAAAUCUCCUCGAAAUUGCCUUCGGAAUCAUAUCAAAAACUAUCUAAACUAAUCCACGCCAAGGACAUCUUAGGUUCUAUCUGUCUAAUUAUGGGAGCACCGCUAUUUUUGACCAUGAAUGUCCAUGUUAUAUUCAAGAUUCUUACAAUAUAUGUUCAUCUACUAAUGUUUCAGAUGGAUAUGUUGUAUGUAAAUUGUGUUUGUGUACUAAACGCUUGUUUUAAGAGACUCGACGAUAAUCUAAACCACAUGCGGGAGCUCAUGAUGGAAGAUGAGGUGUAUCAUCUCGGUGGAAUGUAUAAACACAGAAGUUCAUUCCUGUUAAUCGAAUUAAAGACCUUGAAAAUGGAACAUUUGACGAUUACUAACACAGUGCAGAUGCUGAACAUGAUUUUCAGUUUGCAGCUCCUCGCUAAUAUAGUUUUAAUUUUUGAAGAGCUCACCUUCGGGAUCUACUUUCAUAUAUUGUAUUGGAACGACGGCACAGUCUUGAUCAAUAUAGACGAGUCUAUCUAUAGCACAUUUUUAACGAUAUACAUAACGUAUUAUUUUAUAAAACUAUCAUUAAUAGUGUGGGCUUGUGAGACCGGCAAGGAUCAAGCUAUGCAGAUUAGCACCACUGUUCAUGAUGUGCUUAAUAGCACAGACAAUAAUGAAAUCAAAGACGAGGUAAUACAAAAUAUAACUUAAUUUGUACAUUUUUAUUAAUAUGUAUAAUAAAUACGUGCAACAUGUAUGGUACUAAUGUGAUCUUGGUACAUUAAAUCUAAUAAAUUUGUGAUUAUCUUUCAAUUCUGUUAUUAAUUAAUUUAUAACUUUAUAGUUGAAAUUAUUUUCCAUGCAAAUUUUACAUCGUGAAAAUAAGUUCUCUGCGAAGGGUUUCACUAUGGAUGCAACACUUCUCACUGCAGUAAGUUAUUGAACAUUUUAUAUAUUAAAAGUGAUUUGCAUUCAUUUUUGGAUUUUAUUUUAGAUUGUGGGUAACGUCAGUACUUACUUAAUAAUCUUGAUGCAAUUUUUAACCAUACCAAAUUUUUGCAAUAGAAAAAUUGUAAAUGUUACACAAAUAACCCAAUAAAAUAAAAAAUAUAUAAUUG